AUGUAUGUGAAAUGGUUUGAUCCAGUAAUGUGAAUUUAGUGAAUGUCACUUUUUGUCAUUUUCAAAUUUCCCGCUGUUCCGUCCCCGUACGUCCCGACGUGACAGGGGACAGAACCCAGAAGACAGAUGCCGGCAUCCGCUGGGGGACACUGCAGGAGGGACAUCGCGGGAGCGCAGGACAAGGUAAGUGAAGAACAGAUCCCGCAGCAGCGCCGCAUGGUAAGCCCGAGUAUAGCUCAGGGUUACCGCUUGUGCUACACUCAUGAAUACCGCCAGGGAGGCUAC